CAUACUUGUUGAGCAUUCACAUUUGUUGCGUGGUCAGUAACGUGCCGAUAACCAAAGAGUCAAGUUCAUUUCUGUUUAUCGAAGUAUUUGGCUGUGAUUUUCAACGCAUAACCUUACGAGGUGCAACAUCAAAGUACAGCUAUUUAAUCCUGUGAAACAGCGCAAAAAAAAAAUCAAGAAAAAUGUCUGCCGUUGUACCAGCCACAUUUAAAUUGAUUAGUCUUCAGAAUCCAGUGUUUGCAUGCUAUGUAAAUUGGACGGUGCUUUUGUUAUUGAAAACGAUGUUUUUGUCGAUUUAUACGGCAUAUGUUCGUUUAAAAAAACAGACGUUUGCGAAUCCAGAAGAUGGACCAGAUGGCCGCCGAAAUGUUCGUUUCAAUGAUGAUGAUGUUGAGCGCGUACGACGUGCACAUCGCAACGACUUGGAAAACUUAUUUCCCGGCAUUAUCAUUGGAUUUUUGUAUGUGUUGGUCGAUCCACCGACGCUCAGUACCUGUGUUCUAUUCAGAGCGGCUGCCACGGCUAGAAUCAUCCAUACCUAUGUAUACGUAAAAGCAGUUCCACAACCAGCGCGUGUUCUUUGCUUUUCAACAUACUUCAUGUGCACGGUUUAUAUGGCUGUCGCGAUUCUAAUGCGUGUCAUGUAAAUUGCCAAAUUAUUUCAAAAUUUAGAAAAGAAACAUUGCUCACAUUCUAAAGCAUUCAUUGCAUUUAUGCCCGUCAAACACAAAAAUAUACCGUAAUUUUUUUAAAUCGCUAUUGUAAAAAAGUAGAAAAUGUAGGAAAUUGUGCCAAAUAAAAAUAUCGAAUAUAAGUAAA